CCAGAAAUUCUUAGGUGUUGUCAUCGUGCUCUGUAGUUUCGUGUGUUUUACACUGGGCGUACGGGCGGAUUUAAACAUAUGCACAAUGCUACUUAACCAACGACUCCUUUUCUUCGUUUCUGUAGAUUGUUAGGGCUGUUCUGAUAGAAUACAGAAGAAAAGACAGUUUAGUUUCUCCGGAAACCAACCGAUUCUAUAUUUCACUCGAAGGCUAGCUGCUAAGCUACUAGCUGACGCCUAACAUUAGCUAUGGAGGAGAAGAAGGAGGAGGGAGAAGCGGAGAUCCAAGAGCACGGCCCCGAACACUGGUUCUCAAAAUGGGAACGGCAGUGUCUAGCAGAGGCCGAAAGGGACGAUCCAAACGAGGAGGAGACGGAACAAAGCCAACAGAAACUGUGGCACCUCUUUCAGAACUCGGCCACCGCGGUAGCGCAGCUCUACAAAGACCGAGUGUGUCAGCAGCAGGGCCUCUCCCUCUGGGUGCCCUUCCAGAAUGCAGCCACAGCUGUCACUAACCUGUAUAAAGGCAAUAUGGAGGCCCGCCAACGGAGCUAUGACCUGGGCAUUCACUUAGGCCACCAGCGCAGGAAUAAGGAUGUGAUUGCAUGGGUUAAGAAACGCAGAAGAACUAUCAGGCGCGAGGACCUUAUCAGCUUCCUGUGUGGCAAAGUUCCACCUCCACGGACAGCACGCGCCCCGCCAAGAGUUGCUAUGGUGUCUGCAAGCCGACCAGCACCCCCAGAGACAGGCAGCUCUGUGGAGACUGACCUGCAGCCUUUCAGAGAGGCCAUAGCACUGCAUGGCCUUAGUGGUGCCAUGGCAAGCAUUUCUGUGCGUUCUGGUCCUCCCGGUUCCCCAACUCAUCCUGCCCAGUCCCUCAGUCGUCGUAGGAAUGGUCUUCAUGAUGUGGACCUCAACACCUUCAUUGCUGAGGAGAUGGCGCUCCAUUUGGAUUCCACAGCCAAUCGUAAACGAGGCCCUGCCCCCUGUAGUGAUGUCAUCACAGACUCACCCACUCAUAAACGUAACAGGAUGCUCUGAACUUUUCCUACACCACUAAUCCCUCCUCUGUCCUCUCCUUGGUGGCCGACUGGACAGAUGAUGAGGACUGAUGCCUUGGCCAACCAUCGAAAUCUUCCUCCUUUUCAUCUUAGUUGCAAUGCUACAAAUAAAAAAACGUAACUAUUACCAAUCCACGCAUUUAUCCCCUUCUUCAUUUAUCUUUCACCCCUCUCUGUUGUCUCACAAAUCCUCUUCAUAGUGUUCUGUUUUUUCCCCCAGAAAAUGUUCUUUGUUUGUUGCCCCCAGUAGAUCUGAUAGAGAAGCGAGCACACAUCACACUUGAAAUCCUUAACUUGCAGAAUGUUGCAUUGAGACAUUGUUUAUUUGGCCGGGCUCCUUUGUGCUUCACAUCCGAUAAUCAGAUGAAACGAGCUGAUUCCCUACUGUUUGCAGAUCUCUUCCCCUCAUUCCUCAAGCAUACUUCCUCCUCCUCCUUUGUGGAGUGCUGGCCAAACCAGACUGGACUGAAACCCGGGCUCCUCGGGAGGCUGAACCACCUCCUCGCUGUGUGGCUCGACUCAAAAUGCUUGUCAGCGUGUGUAUCUCAUUCUGCUGCUGCUCUGUGUGUUUGCGUAUCUGACAGCAGAACUGCCACUUACUGUGUUGUACUUGUCUUUGCCUUUGAGAAAGCUGCUACAGUAUCUCUGGUUGUUGUGCAACAGUGAGUGUGGGUGUGCGUGUGUGUGAGAGUCUGUAUGUGUGCUUGUGGAUGUGGGGUUCUAGCAAAUCCAGCAUCCACUUGACCGAAUUAUUUCCUACUUAAAUUCAUCCUAUUCUUUUUUUCUUUAGUUGCUCUUUGCAGCCCAAAUCCAGGGUUUUAUCACAAAGCAGGUCAGUCCAAUUUACACAGACAAUGGUGACUAUCAUUACUGUCAGAGUGAGCUGACACUAAAAGUAGUGGGGUGACAAGAGACAAGCAAGAGGUAUUUUCAACAAAGAUUUGUAAAGUACCCAUGCCCUGCAUUCUUAUUUGCAAUUUUUUCGAUCACACUGUUGCUCCUAGGUAUUUUCAUGUUUACAAAUAAUCCAAAUAUACACUAUUUCCCUGACAAAUCAGAAUACAUUUGACCGAAUACUGGAUCUUGCAUAUUUGCAUUAAGAGCAGUAGAGUGUUUCAAAGCUUGUAUUUUACCUACUUUGUUUACAUUUGGCCCUUUGAUGAGAACAUUAUCUGGUGCAUAAUUAUUAUUUUGCCUCUUGUAUUUAAAAGGGUCACAACACUUUCACUUGUGAUUUCAGCUUUAAACCUAGAAAAUUACAGGGGGCAGCUGCCUGUGAACUAGCUGGGGCCGACGGCUGUGAGAUUUUACUUUGCUUAGCCAACUCAUGGACUAUUGUGUGUGAUGGUUCAGCAAGGCUUGGGACACUUGUUUUGCCAAUUUCACACACUGCUUUGUGAUACAAUCUUGUGUAAUGUGUGUAAAUAACAUGUAGGUGCUGUUAUAUGUGGUACAUAUUGUAAAAAGAAGUGCAAAUCCAUUGGGAUGUCCAUGUACAAUAACUAUUCUGACAUUAAAGAAAAUACAAGCGUUUGUCUUUUGA